AUAUGGCGGCAAGCAGCACAGACUUGCCUGCGAAGAGAUUGUCAGCAAGUAAAUGAAUCUAAAGGUCUAAAAAAUAAACGACACUUUCGCAGAACUCAUGGUACAAACUAGAAUGCAAUGAAUCUUUUACCUUCAUCUACGAUUCGGCUGAUCGCUAGUUCACAAGUGAUAACCUCCGUUAGCUCAGUAGUGAAAGAACUGAUUGAGAAUUCUCUUGAUGCUGGAGCAUCAAGCAUUGAAAUCAAACUGGACGGCUGGGGAUUGGAAAGAAUUGAAGUUCGAGAUAAUGGUUCUGGUGUGAAACCCGAUGAUGCUCCCUACUUGGCCAAACCCCAUUACACGUCAAAAAUUUUAACUGAUGAUGACUUGAAAUCCCUGCAUACAUACGGUUUCCGCGGUGAGGCUCUAGCCUCGCUCUCAUCUGUCAGCAAUUUGUCUAUUUUGACAAAAACAGAAUUUGAAGAAGUUGGCAUGUUGUACACAUUAGAACGUGAUGGGAAGAUUGUAGCCACCAAACCAAAACCUACGACAACUGGGACAACAGUUACAGCAGCAAAUUUAUUUAAAAACCUCCCCGUGAGAAAACAAUUUUCAAGCAACACCAAAAAAUGUAAAGAAGAGUUGAAAAGAGUGGAGGACUUGGUGAUGGCAUAUGCAAUUAUACGUCCAUCUCUGAGGAUCAUUUUGCGUCAUAACAAGGCAGUCAUCUGGCAGAAGAGUAAAGUUGCAGAUGAGCGAACAGCAUUAUUGACUGUGUUUGGAACAUCUUUGUUGGCACAAAUGGGUUCAGUAGAAUAUCAUGAUGAUGAAGAGAGUGGCAUUCAUAUACUUGGAUACCUUCCAAGGCCAGGAUCUGAUAUGGAAGUUACAGGACGUGCAGUGAAUGAUCGAUGUUUUAUAUUUUUUAAUGGAAGGCCUGUUUACAUGAAACAAAUAUCUCAGUUGAUCAAGCAAUACUACAACAGACAAGCACCUGUUGCAUCAAACAGAUACCCUGUUGCUUUCCUAAGCAUCACGAUACCUCCUGAAGGCCUGGACGUCAAUCUGGAACCCAACAAAACUAGUGUGAUGUUAACAAACCAAGAUGAACUAAUGACAGUUUUGACAAAGCUGUUGGAUGAGUUUUAUUCAGAGGAGAACAACACACUCCCUAGUUGUGAUGUUGCUCUAGAGAACAGAAUAGUUGCUACUGAUAAACUUGGUGACAUUACUAACACUUGUAGUAUGAAUGGGGAGAUAAGAACCAAGACAUCUGGGGAUGCUAGAGCAAUAAACAAUCAACAAGGCAUGAUUAUUCAAUUGGACAGCAACGUUGUACAUGAUAACAUGCAAAACAAGGAACAAGAUAUUGACAAUAACCAUAGUAAGCUAGCAAACAUUUUUGGUACAACUGGCAAUAGAAUCCCCACAAGUACUUCAAGCAAGGAGAAAGAUUUGCUGCUGGAGGAAUCAUCUUGUCAUGAACCAACAAGUCAAAGCAACCAAGGGAAAGAUGCACUAAAAUCUUCUACUCAAUCAACAGAAAAUGCUGAAUCAUUAGAUGAUGUUCCUGUGUUAUGUUUAUUUUCCCCCUUACAGAAAAACUCAGGAAUUUUGAAUAAUAAAGACUCAUUCCAGUCAAAUAUUUUGCCGUCUAAAGCACUCUGUGAGUCAUUAAGUGACAAGACCUUGGCUGAAAUGAAUGAAUCAGUGUAUAAUAUUGACAAAACAUUGGUUAAUUCUUUCAAAGAGAUUCCUGGAAAUAUUGCUGAAAAUGGUGGCAUUGAAGUUGCUGAAAGAAAUUCAGUUUUGAACAAUGCUAAUGGCAACAAAUCAGUACCAUUUGCUAAAACAACUCACUCUGAAAAUGGCCCAGAUGUAGCCAAUAAGGAAACAUUACUGGAAAAACAACAGGAAUUGUCUGGGAAUAAAAGUUUGACAUCUGCUGCUGCUAACAGUCCUUCAGAGAGAAACUUUUUUUCACUUAGUCUGGAUGAUUUGUUUGAGGAUUCUGACUUAGAUACCACUGGUCCAUUGAAUGAUGUUUUCUCUGCCAAGAAGUCUACUCAACAAAAUUUGACAUUGACUUUGAGUAAAGAGAGAACAACAUGUGGUGAGGAAAUCUCUAAAGGACAUUCAUUUGAAGGCACUAAGGUGCAAUAUACUGACAAGCAAUGGAGUAUGGGAGGUGGAAUUGUUGACAAGCAAGGGAAUCCUGUGCAGAUAACUAAUCAACCCCUGAUAAACAAAGUUAUGUCACCAAAUCCUCUUCAAAGAAAACUUCUCUACAAGAAAAAAGAAGUUCAGUUUAGCCUGGGUGACUUAAAGAACUUGACAAAAAGGAGAGCUAAAGUAGCAAGCUAUUUAGAGGAUCAUUCCAAUACAGACCAUUUGAUUGGUCGGCUGGAUCCCUGGGGA